AUGGGUUUGGUGGCCUCGGCCGACAGCGUUAUUGUUGCUUCGGGUUGGAGUGCACCGACUCCACGGUGCUGGGACCCGAGCCUACCUUCAGGCCAGGAGCUGGAGGUCUCGUGCUGCCGGCAACAGGCAGACUGUGCUGCUCCCGCAUUUGCGCCCUUGCGGGCGGCCUGCUGUGGUGAGCUGCGACAGGGCGUGCAGCGUUUUUCCGCAGAGUGGGACCAGCUCGAGCUGGGUAUCGAACACGCUUCAGAGGAGCUGAUUGGAAUUGUGGAGGCCACAAGUGCCUCCAGAUGCGAGGAGCAGGAGAACUGCCGAGCAGAUUUCUUUCUACAUGCCGCGGAGGUUGCAAUGUCUUCUUCCCUGGCGAGGGUUUUCCAGCUUGGCUGGUCGGACCUCACUGACGAGGGUGACUUUGCCUUGCAGGACUGGCGCAUCACCUUGCUUCAGACAUGCUUGACGCUGCUGUCAGCUUGGCACCCCGUGGCGCAAAAGGCGCGUGGGCUCUUCUCCGAGGCUGCGGGGCAGUGGUGGCAGGCGGUGCAGCAACGCUCGGCAGAACGCUGGAGCGCGGCCUCGCUGUCGACGUUGGUCCCUUCACGGAUCCUGCACAUUGCAAUGGUGGCUUCCGUCGGCACCCCUCCCUUCGGGCGAAAAGCGCUUGCGGGUAUUCGCUCGGCGCUCUUCUUCGCCAGCUGCCCGUUGCGCUUCCACCUAGUGGUCGACCAAAGCGGCGAGGCCGACGUCCAGACGGCCCUGGCCUCCCUCGAGCCCUGGCUUCGCUCUCGAGGCUCCUUUCGCUUGUAUCUGGUCGAAGCGCUUCGUGAUGCAUGGUCGGAGAUCCAAGCCCUCGUUCCCGAGAGCUGCUUGCAGUACAGCGGUCACUACGGAAGCGCAGGAUGGCUUCGGGUGUUCCCGCAUCUGGUGAUCCCGGAAGCGGAGGCCGUGGAGGAGCUGGUCUGGGUGGAUGCAGGAGAUUUCAUCUUUCUGGACGACCCGGCAGAGCUCGCAAAGGAAUGCGACGCGUUCCAUGAGGACCACUUGAUUGGUGUAGCAGAUCCGCAAGUCUUGGGGCUUCCUUUGCAGCUGUUUCUGCUUCCACGGCUGCGAGAGCGGGCACAUCUCUGGGCGGAGCUGGUGACAGGAGCCGUGCUGCGUGGAUAUGCAGAGAAGGGCGAUGGCUUUUGUAAUCUGGGUGAGGGACUGGCCUUUGUCUACCUCUUGAACAACACCGACCACAGUUGGAUGUACCACCUGCUUCCUCAUCGCUGGACAUACAUGCCUUGGGCUGUCUGGCUGCCGGCCCGUGGCACGGGAAGCAUAUGGGCUUCGCAAGAGCUUCUCUGGCGGCUACCCGCGGACUCGGUGUGGCGCGAUUCUGUGUUUCCCGGUCUUCUGGACUUCAUGGCAAUCCGCGUGAGAUGCGCAAGCUUCCUUGAAGAUAUUGCAAGCUACAUCCGAGCAGCCAUGGAAUGGGACUUGCAAUCAAUCAGUGCGGAUGAUGGUAGGAAGCACUUUCGCUUGACGCAGGAUGCGCAGAUCUUGGAUGAGUUCCAACAGAGCUUGGCAUGCGAAGAACGCGCCUCUGCUGUCCACUUCGCCGUGCUCUUCCACCAGGUGCCCUGGGUCCACCGCUUUCUCAAUUUCUGGGCCGGCGCUGAGGUCUGGGUGCCUCGACCAACCGAUGUGCGCGAGUUGCGGAUAUCGUUUGACGAGAAAACCGGCUGGCCGAUGCAGAAGGCAGCUCCUCGUGGCGAUCGAGGAAUGUUCGGCAUCGCUCGAGCUCAACCUUGGCAAUGCACCUCGGCUUGCGUGUCGGGCAUAGGCCUGAAGGGCCUGAAGGGCCAACGUACCCUCGAGCAGUUACUGGCCUCCGUCCUUCAGCGCCGGGGUGAGAAGCACCGGAAGCUCGGCGACCUCCAGAAGGCGCUGGCAGACUUCAAUGCCGCCCUUGCAGUUGAUCCGCACUUUGCCCUGGCACUGGCGGGUCGUGGCUCCGUCUUGCGGUCACAAGGGCACCUGCCACAG